GACCUGGCUGAGGCCAAUCAGCCGCCGCCGGGAAGAACGCGGAAGGGCCCGCCCGCUGGGCUCUGCGAGUGACGUUCAGUGGCGUGGGACUGGUGGAGGGCGUAUCGGCCGCCGUACUGGUCUUCAUCCGGUUGCCUGGGGUGUCCGGCCUCGGCGCUGGUCCUGCGGCCAUUUUGAGCUGGGUUUGUCCCUGCGCCCGUCUGCUGGGCCGCCCAGCCCUCCGGGGGCGCGCUGCGAGGGGCUUUCUAACGGUCCGUUUCUGGUGGGAAGUCGUGCCGCCGCCGCGAGAGGCCUCUGUAUGGUGGAGAGGCCGCCAGCGCAUUAGGACGUCUCCUUCCCGCCGGGAUGGGUGUCGCCGCCGCCGCCACCUUCUGCGUCAGCCUUUCCCGACUGUGGUCCGCUGCCCGCGGCCGAAGCCACUGCCCUCAGUGGCCCUCCUGCUGCCCCGGGGACCGGCCCAGGGCGCCGACUCUGGCGCGAGGCGAGGCCCAGACCGUGUAGGCCUCGCCGGCUCCCGUCCGAGCUCCAGCCGCCGCGCCCGCGCACCGCGCUGAGACACUGCCAAGAGGGGGCGAUGGAGCCCGGAGCAGGCUUGCCGCGGGGACGGCCGGCGCCCCAGGCGGGCCCCCUGUUCCGGCUGCCCUUCUUCCCUCGGCGCUCGGCAGAGCACCCCGGGGACCUCAAACCGGGCUCCUCUCCCCGGCCUGAGGCUCGCACUAGCUCCUGGGUGAAGCUGCUUUCCCAGCUCUUCGCGCCGCUCCCCACCCUGCUUCAGAAGCUGCUGAUUUGGAGCCAGCUGUUCGGUGGGAUGAUUCAGACCAGAUGGCUAGAUUUUGCUGGAGGCUUCAGCGCCCCGCGAGCCCUGAAGGCUCGGGAGGACCUGGCCGCCGCGGCGGCGCAGAAAUCUCUGAGUUCGCUGCGGCUGGACCCCUCGGUCGACUCAGCUGCCAGUCUUCUGGACUGGCUGGAGGGGGGCAGCCACUGUUCAUUCUCGCCCCCCGACCUAAAAGCCAAGGGAAGAGCCUUGGACUCUGUGGCCCACGCUUUUCUCUUGGAGCGGCAGCUGUGGGGAGUGGAGCUGCUGCAGAGUAGCCUUCAAGGCAGGUUCUUCUCUGACCGCGAACUUGGCCCUUCCUCCGUCGGGCCUCGGAACAUUUAUCGCUUAAGCAAUUACAACGCUGUCCCCUAUUUGCUGAACCACUCUUAUCUAGACUGCCUUUCGCCGGUAGAACUUAGCUAUCAGAACGUCGUCAGAAGUGGCGAGCGAGUUGAUUUCCAGACACUAAGCCCAGAGAGCAGCUGUCUGCCCGAGGACUCUUCUCAUCCGCAGCCACUGAGUGCAGAAGUCACUUGCUCCUCCUCGCAGGAAUGUCCGCCUCUUUCUAGAGAAGGCCUGCCAGAAAUUCACCAUGUUCGCAUGAAACGGCUGGAAUUCCUUCAGCAGGCUAGCAAAGGGCAAGAGUUACCCACCCAAGACCAAGAUCAUGGCUACCACAGCCUGGAGGAGGAACACAGCCUUCUCCGGAUGGAUCUCAAGCCCUGCAGAGAUAAUCCGGCACAUGAUGUUCCCCCUGCUGGAGCCAUUCCUGGAACUGCCCAGGAACCCGCGGAAGAAAAAAUAGAAUUGACUCAAGAGGUUCCUCUUGCUUUGGAAAAACAGGACCCUUCGGAAAGCUGCCCAUCUUGUGAGGUACCUAUGGAAAGAGUGCCUGGGGAGGACCAAAUAAAUGUAGUUGACACCUCAGACAUAGAAGAUGACCUUCCCAUUUCUGCCAGACCAGCGUGUAGUAACAAAUUGAUAGAUUACAUUUUGGGAGGUGCAUGCAGUGACCUCGAAACAAGUUCUGAGUCAGAAAAUGAGGAUUGGAAUGAGGACGCUGAGGAUGAUGGUUUUGAUAGUGAUAGCUCGCUCUCAGAAUCAGACCUUGAACAAGACUCCGAAGGGCUUCACCUUUGGAACUCUUUCUACAGUGUAGAUCCUUAUAAUCCCCAGAACUUUAAAGCAACUAUUCAGACUGCUGCCAGAAUUGUUCCUGGAGAGCCUUCCGACUCAGAGAAGGAUUCGUCUGACAAGUCUGAUCUAGAGAAUUUUGUCCAGACUAGAAGCCUUCCUGAGUCCCCUGACCAUAAUUCUGGGGAAGAUGAUGACUGGGAAUCUAGUGCAGAUGAAGCAGAGAGUCUCAAACUGUGGAACUCUUUCUGUAAUUCGGAUGAUCCCUACAACCUUUUAAAUUUUAAGGCGCCUUUUCAAUCAUCAGGGAAAAAUUGGAAAGGCUGUCAUGACUCAGCGAGGCCAUCUGAGCCCACUGUGGCCAUUUCUGAGUCUCACACCUUACUUUCCUGUAAGGUGCAACUGUUAGGGAGCCGAGACAGUGAAUGUUCAGACAUGGUGCAGGGUGGGACUCUUUCUGAAAAAAGACACACGCAUAUCAAGAGAAAAAAGGUAACCUUCCUUGAAGAAGUUACUGAGUAUUAUCUAAGUGGUGAUGAGGAUCGUAAAGGACCAUGGGAAGAAUUUGCACGGGAUGGAUGCAGGUUCCAGAAACGAAUUCAAGAAACAGAAGACGCUAUCGGAUAUUGCUUGACAUUUGAGCACAGAGAAAGAAUGUUUCAUAGACUCCAGGAAACAUGCUUCAAAGGACUUGAUGUUUUCAAGCCAUGUUCAAAUUUAAUAACCUCUGGCCCUAGCAUACACUAACCCGUACUUCAGAGGUUUCUUUUAAAACAAAAGUUGGCAGCUGUCCUUUGACAUUUUUUUUUUUAGAGAAUAUGUAACUUGGAUUCAGCAACUUUGUUUAAUAUUGUUUUGCAACAUAUCCCACUCAGAAAUGUCCAGGUUUGAAGCUGAGCCCAGAUAAUGAAGGAUGAGAUAGUGUGAUUUCUAAUCCUCCCUGUUUAUUUAAUCAGAUGUGCUUUUGGGUGUUGUUUGCUUGUUAAGAUGAAAAGGGAACCUUUUAAGGUGUAAGUUUGCACUUUCAAAACUUAUUUUUUUGGGAAACAAUAUAGGGUUCAAAGUCCAUUUUCCAUUUUAAUUUAAAUUAUGUGUACCUGUCUAAAAACUUAGGGCUCUUUUUAUUUUUCCCCUACAGUAUUUUAAAAAAAAUUUCCCCCCAUUAAUUUUAGAGAGGGGGAGAAACAUCGACGAGUUGCCUCCUAUAUGCACCC